AUGAUAACUCUUUUUUUAUUACUUGUACUCACACGAACUUAACCAUGUUCAGCUCCAUAGUCAUUUAUUACCAGCACUAUAAUUGGAGUCUGCUCACCAGAUAAUUCUGUUGAUACCUAUUCUUAUCCUUUAACCAUAUCAAAUGGUAAUGAAUUUACUGUCAGGUAUGUAUGAAAUACCAUCAUAGUGGCUGGUUCCAAUUAGAUAAUAAAGGGACUGAUAAAUAAGGAUUAUUUAGUGUUUAAUAGAAUGGAAUGAGAAUAGGAUUAGUAGUACAUGAUGAAAUUAUUGACUUCCUGUAUGAAUCUUCAACUGUGUCUAAACCCUUUGUUUAUACUGUUAAAAGAUGGUUUAUGGCAGCAACCACACUUAGUUAUAGCACUGGCUAUGUUAAUUUUUAUGUAUGGUUACCAAUGAACGACUUAAGAAUAACUCAAGCUCCAACAAUGGUGGGGGUUAAUUUUAAUACACCAAUAACCAGUGAUGCUAAAUUGAAUAUAAUGUAUUUCAAUACAUAUUCAAUUUAUUGUGGGGUAUAUUGAUCUUAAAAUUAGCGAGCCAAUAAUGUACUAUUUUAUGAUGGUUAUUAUGAAAAUGAUAAUAAUUACAAUUGGUUGAAUUUAGCAUUCCUAGGAAAUUCCAUUGAGAAUAUAUAUCACUAUAAUUUUGAAGAUUAAAUUGGUUAAAAAGUAAAAGGAUCCUAAAAUAAUGGUUAUCUAGGAUUAACCAGAGGAGUUGAUAAUAAUGAUCCAACACCUGGAUAAUAUAUUUAAUUGUCUUCAUUUCAAUAUGUCACUCUUCCCAGUGCAUUACUUGAAAGCACACAUUAAUCUAUUAGUUUCUGGUAUUGGUCUAAUAUAGUUGUUAAUGCUGAUGCUUUUGUAGAACCAGUUGGUGAUAUAACUAAAGAAGCUAUAAUAUUCAGAAGAGUCUAUGGUGGUUCUCAAGAUUAAUUUCAGAUUUUGUCUACCGCAACUGCUCCUUAUACUAUUAAAUUGAAUUAUGGAACAGUCAAAUCUCCAAUAUCAAUAACUCCUACUGUUGUUGGUUCUACUUGGACAUAUAUUUCUAUUGCUUCUGCAUAUGUUGAUGCUAAUCUUGGAGUUAGUAAAAUCUACUUUAGUGCUUAUAUUAAUGGAGCAAUUUAAACACAUACUUAGACUACACUUGCCAUAAAAUAUGAUGAGAGUAUUAAUGAUGCUAUUUUUAUUGGAGAUCUCAAAAAUUCUUUUACUUCUGGAACAAUGAGAUUAGCUCAUUUAGAUAUAAGAUCUGCUUAUGUAAAUUAUUAUAGUGCUGGAUCUGUUAAAUGUAAGAGUAAUUGUUUACAUUCUAUUAAUUCUUAUACUCAAUAAUAAUGUUAUAAAUGUACUAAUUUCUUAUAAGAUGGUUCAUGUGUUGCAAGUUGCGCUGCUGGUCCUACUGGAUAUUAAUCAGCAAUUUUGCCAUUAUGUAGAUCUUGUAUAUAUCAAUGCAAUGAAUGUUCAAGUGCUGCUACUUGUACAAGUUGUAAUAAUGGAUACUAUUUAUAAACUACAAAUUGUGUAUUAGCAUCAAAUUGUAAUGUUGGAUAUUUGGCUGAUCCUGUAUCAAAAACAUGUACAUAAUGUGGUGAUGGUGUUUUAUAAGGAGCUGAAUAAUGUGAUGAUGGUAAUUUUAUAAAUGAUGAUGGAUGCACAAAUUGCAAUAUAGAUAGUGACUAUUCUUGUAGUGGAACACCAAGCAAUUGUAAAUUAAAAUGUGGUAAUUCAGUUUUGGAUGCUGGUGAAUAAUGUGAUAUUGGUUAAUUAUAUAUUAAUGGUUGCAUUAAUUGUUAAUUAGAAGAUGGUUAUUAUUGCACUGGCACUACAUGUAAAUUACUAUGUGGAGAUGGUAAGAGAGUAAAUGAAGAUUGUGAUGAUAAUAAUUCUGUAAGUAAUGAUGGUUGUUCAUAAUGCAAAGUGGAUUUUGGAUAUAUUUGUAAUGGAGGAUCAUCAACAAAUAAAGAUACAUGUUCAAAAUAGUGUCCUAAUGGAUAAUUAGAUUAGACUGAAUAAUGUGAUGAUAAUAAUACAAAUAAUAAUGAUGGAUGUGGAUAUUGUAGAAUUUAACUUGGAUAUUAGUGUACAAAUAAUGUAUGUAUAAAUUUAUGUGGAAAUGGAUUGAUUGAUGAUUUAGAAUAAUGUGAUGAUAAUAAUUCCUUAUUAGGUGAUGGUUGUUCUUAUUGUUUAAUAGAUUAUGGAUAUAAAUGUGAUGAAACAUUAACUUAAUGUGAUUCUAUAACAGUUACAUGUGGAGAUUCCUAUAAGAGUUCAAGUGAACAAUGUGAGGAUGGGAAUCUUGAAAUUGGUGAUGGUUGUUCUGAAACAUGUUAAAUUGAGACAGGUUAUGAUUGUAUUUAAGGAUUGUAUAGAUACUCUUUAAGUAUAUGUCAACCUAUAUGUGGAGAUGGAAUUAAAAAAGAUAAUGAAGAAUGCGAUGAUGGAAAUCUAAUAGAUGGAGAUGGAUGCAGUAGAAUAUGUAAAAUAGAAACAAAUUGUGGUAAUGCAAUUAGAGAACCAAAUGAAUUUUGUGAUGAUGGAAAUGAUAUUGAUAUGGAUGGAUGUACUAAUUGUAUUCCUGAUCCUGGUUAUAGUUGUAAUUUAAUUGAAGGAGGUACUGUUGAUAAAUGUAAUUAAUGUCCAGAUAAUUGUGAUUCAUGUACUUCUGAUGGUCAAUAAUGUUUAUAUUGUUUUAAUGGAUAUUCUCUAUAUAAUUAUGAAUGUUAUUCAUAAUGUCCUUAAGGCUUUUAUUAAAAAGAUAUUUGUUUAGCAUGUCCAGAUAAUUGUUUAGAAUGUUAUGCUAAUGUUUGUACUUAAUGUAGUAUGAGUACUUAUUUAUAUAAAGAAUAAUGUAUUUUAUAAUGUACAGAUGGUUAUUUUGAAUAAUAAAAUGGUGUUUUGGGUAAUAGUUGUAUAAAAUGUUAUGCUCCAUGUAAUAUUUGUCAAAAUGAAGUUAUAUGUGAUGAAUGUGAUGAUGGAUAUAGAAUUGAAGAUGAUUAAUGUGUUCCUUGUAAUUUUGAUAAAAAUUGUAUUAGAUGUGAUGUUGAUGAUUGUCUUGAAUGUUAAGUUGGAUAUUAACCUGAUGGUUAAGAUUGUGUUAAAAUUGAACCUGAUUGUGGAGAUGGUUUACAUGCACUUUCAGAAUAAUGUGAUGAUGCUGAUACUUCAGGUGGUUGUGUUAAUUGUAAGAUUAAAAGUGGAUACAAUUGUAUUCUCGAAUAAAAUGAAGGUCCUGAUAUUUGUUAUUAAUUAAAACCUGUAUAAGUAUCAGCCUUUAUUGAUGAAAUACACUUUGAUAAACUCUAUUUAGAAUUCAAUCGACCAUUAUCAUAAAUUUAUAAUUACACUGAAUUACUAUUAAUUAAUAUCCCUGAUUUGCCUGAUUAUUAAUAUGAAAUCAAAUAAUUAGAUAUGUUUAUCAUUGAAAUAACUUUUACAUAUUAUGAAACUGUCUAAAAUAUCUUUGCUUCUCUCAAUUUUACAUAACCAAAUAAUAUUGAAGAUAAAUUUGGUUGGUCCCUUGUUGGAUUAGCUAAUGAUUCAGAUAGUAAAAUAGCCAAAUUUGGAUUGAUCAAAACUAAACUUAAUUAUUAUAUCUAUUAUACUGAUGAUGAAAUCUAUUUUAGUGACACAUUAAGUUAUAUUACUUUAUCAUUUCUUAUUUUAAGUUUGAUAUCAGCAUUUAUCUAUUCAUAUAAAAUUGGAAGUGGAUAAGUAUGGCAAAUUAUACAAUCAUUAUAAUUGAUUUCUUUAUUGAGAUUAAUUAAAUUAAGAUAUUCUUUACAUAUUGAUAAAGUAUUAGAUGUGCUGAAUUAUUGCAAUUUCUCAUUCAUACCUAAUUUGUUCGCUUUAAUGUUUGAUUUGCCGAAAUAAAAUACAGUUAAAUUUUAAAUUGAAGACUAUCCUUCACAAUUUUUAUUGAAUGCUGGUGGAAGAUAUAUAAGUUUUGUUGUUUAUGCUUUAAUUCUUUGGGUAAUAAUAAAAAUAUUGAUUAAAUUAAUUAAUUGGGAACCUAUUCUAAAUAGAUUAGAAGAUAUUGAUGAAUAUAUGAAAUUCUAAGCAUUUGUUAGAAUGUUUGAGAUGAUGUUCCUUGAUUUAAUGGUCUCUUCAAUUUAGACCUUUUAAACUUAUUAUACAAUUUUUGACAUCAUUAAUAUAGUUAUUGCUGCAAUAUUCAUAAUAUUAUUUAUAAUUACUUUUGUUUUAGCAUACAAAUUUAUACUUAGACAUAAUGAUGCUUAUACAUUUGAAUGGUUACAUAUUUAUCUUAGCUGUUUAUAUGAUGGAUAUGAAAUUAGAACAAGGCUUGGAAGAUUAUUUAUAUAUGUUCCAUAUAUUAGAAAAUUAAUAUAUGCUUUCCUAUUCCUAUUACCUUCUGAAUUCAUAUAGAUUAUCACUUUGAGUGUCCUUAGAAUUAUCAUUUAUUUUCCACUUUACAAAUAUAAUCCUUUUGUUUCCAGAAUUAUAUUAUAUAGAUAAACUUUAUAAGCCAUAUUUGAUACUGUAUGUCUUAUUAGUGGUUUAUUGUAUUUAAAUAUUGAUGAUACUAAAUAGAUUAAGGUAUCUAAUGGAUGGUAUAUGUUAAUGGCAAUUCUUAUUACAAUUAUUAAUUAUACACUUUGGAAUAUUGUGUUAAUAUUUGUUAAGGUCAAGUCACCUAAUUAUUUAUUAGAUGAUUUUGAAAUUGAAGAAGAACCAAAAUUUAAAAAUAAUUAAAUAGUUCCUAUGGAUUAUAUACCUCCUGAAGAUGGUUAAAAUAAUCCUUAAAUAGUACCUGAAGGUUAUGAAAAGCCUCCAGAUGUUGGAAUUGCAUAAAUAGUUCCUGAAAAAUAACCAAAAGAAUAAGAUAUCAUAAGUGUAUCAAGUAAUAAUGGUCAAGAAAGAAAUAAUAAUAAAUAGGAUCCAAUUGAAGAGAAAAAGAGAUUAGAUGAAGAAAAAAAGAGAUUAGAUGAAGAAAAAAAGAGAUUAGAAGAAGAAUAAAGAUUGAAAGAGAAAGAAGAGAGAAAAAAAACAUAUUUGGAAAGGAAAACUACAUAAAAAUUAAAAUAAUAAGAAGAAGAAAAGGACGAAUUAGUUGAUGAUUUUUUUGGUUGA